AAAUAGGUUCCUGAGUGUCGAAGCAAAAACUGCCUCUGACGAAGUUAAAAAGAUUGCUUAUUGAGAUGUUUCUUGCCCCUGAGAUAAGCCUAUAUUGCUAUGGACUUCUGUAUUAGCACUGCUUUUGCUACAUCUCAUAGAUUUUGGAAUAAAGCAGCUGUAAAUAUUCCUGUAUGUGUCUUCAGUGAAUCGCAUCUAACCCGUCUGCCUUAUUUGGGGCUGCACAGCUCGUCGGUCCAGCCGGCUGGGGAGCUGUUGCUUCUGCGAACGCCGCCGGCAGCCCGAGCGCUGAAACAUGCUGAAGGCGAGCAGGCAGCGAAAGAGUGAAGAAAACGCUCUCCUCCCGCUCCGCUCCUCCACCGCCGCCCUCCCCAGUCGCCCCGGUCCCCCGCCCCCAAACCCGGCGCAAAGUUGGCCUGGAGACGGGGCAGAGGGACCAGGGGGCCCGGGCGGCUGAUGGCAGGAUGCCGGCGCGGCGCGUCCCGCAGCCGCCAGAGCCUCCGGCCGCCGCCGCCGCAGCUGUCACCUCCUCGCGCUGCCGCCCGGCGCGCCCCUCGCCUUCAGCCGACAGCUCGGAGCGGUGGGGCUAACCGCUCCCGCUCACAGGUCGCCGCGUCCCCAACUCCCGGUCCUCACCCCAGCCCACGCGCUGCCUCCUGCGCCCCCGCCCCGGCCACUGCAGCGGGGGCAGCGGAGUGGCGUUCCCCAGGACCGUCGGCCACUUUCCUGGGCACACCACCGCUGCUGCUGCGGCUGCCGCCCAGCGCCGCAGCCCGCAGCCCAGCCCGCGGACGCCCCCGGCCAGGUGACGGGGACCCGCGCCUGAGCAUCCCGGGGCGUGCGCUGGGUGCGAAAGCGGGGGGCGGGAGGAAAGGGGGCGGAGGAGUUCCUGAUUCCCCCGCGGACCCAGGAAGUUGUCCUUAAAAAAAAAAAAAAAAAAAAAAAUUAUAUCGCCGGCCCGCGGUAGAACAGCCACCUCGUCAGAGCAGCAUGUGGACUGGCUCGCCGGGUCCCCUAAGUGCUGUGUGGCUGCCGCUGCCGCCGCCGCCGCCGUCAGAGCAGCCGCUGCUGCCCGCAGCAGGAGCCCCGCGCGGGGCGAGGAGCGGGGACGCGCCGCCGCCGCGUCCCUUGCUUGCCGCUGGCCGCUUCUUCUCGGGAGGUGGCAGUCACUGUUGCUGCUGAGAAAUCAGCCCGCUUUUCCGCGCUUGGUCGUCUGGUGAGGAGUUGAGACUCUGCGCCUCCUGCUUGGACCCACAUGGCUUGCUACCUGGUCAUCAGUUCGAGACAUCUCAGCAAUGGGCACUAUCGGGGCAUUAAAGGAGUCUUCAGAGGGCCCCUCUGCAAGAACGGAUCUCCCUCUCCGGUAACCUGCGCGCACACACACACGUUCAAAAUCAAGAUAAACAAAAAGAGAUAUUGUCCUGGUACAAUGAGUGGGUGGUGGAUAUCCACCUUACCCAUGAGUAUAUUGUGUCUGUUUUUACAAUUUAUUGACAGGCUGUUACACAGCGAGGGGUGUGUGUUUACAUGUGUAUGUUCAACACAGUCAUUAGCAUCUGUAGUACCAUGGAUGCAAAUGUUUACCGAAUGCAGUUAACUGCAGGGCUGUGAGGGUAGCUCCUGUGUGCUAUGUCAAGUUAUGAAUCUACUGAUUUGGGCAGUGUAGAAAGUUUGAGUGGCACUUUAUAGCCAUGCUUUGGGAAGUCAUCAGUUGGGAUUAGUUAAAAAAUGCUGCCGUUACUUUAUAAGAAAAUAAACUUCUUCAAGAUUUUGCAUCAAGGUACUGGCAGAUGGAAAGGUGUUGGACGCCAACACUUGAUUAAAUCUAAUGCUUAACUGUGCAGGUUCUUUAAAGAACGUUAGAGUCUUUUGUGGAAAUAUGAAGUGGAUAGUUUGUGGUAUUAGGUACAAAUAUAUUUACAUACAAUUGGAGUGAUCACUCAACUUAGUGCACUAUUCAAUUUAGUUUACUAUUUGAUUUAUUCAAGUAUUUUUUUUUUGUAAAAUAAUUUUGACCACACUCUAGGACUUCGAUAUAUUAUUAAUUUAUUAGUUGGUUCAUGCUAUGGGCUAAUGUACAGAUUCAAAUAUAUUUCAAAAAAAUGUCAUGAUAUGUUAGGGGGAAAGUUUUGGAUUAUUAAUAAGUGACUAGGGACAAGUUUUCUAGUUUAAUAGAAAAACCAGUAUUUUAAGUCUGGAUGAUAUAAAGAAGGAGAACUUAAGUUGCCUGAUUUUUAUUUAUUUUUUGCACUUUUCAUCAUGUUUUAAUGCUUCAUUAGCAUGAAUUAUUCAAAACUGCAAUAUAUCUUUAAAACUUUUUGAUUAAGUGCUAUAUGUGAUUUGCAAGAGAAAUUUUAAAUCAGAAAGUCCAAGUAUCCAGAGAUACCACUAGGACUCCUAAUUAUGACAAGCUAGUGCCUCACAUGUUUUUAUGCUCUGUGAAUGUGGGUCGCCACGAUCCCUCCCACCCCCUCAACUACAUGGUACUGAAGCAGAAGUGUUAGAAUGGAAUAUACUGUUUAUAUUGGCACUUACAAUUAGACUCUGAGGGCUAGAGGGGUCUUGGAGAGUUUUAGUUGAAGGAAGCCCACAUUCAAUCCUUCUGAGCAGCUGGUCUGAAUCCUUUCUAUUUUUAAAGAUUCUCGGGAUUGGAGUUUCUGCAGUCUCAGCAAACCACCUCAAUGUUUAAGAACCCACAGUGUCAGAAUCUUCCUUCUAGCCAACUUAAAUCUAUCGAGUUUUUCCUUGAGCUCAUUUCAUCUUGAAAACCUAGAAUAUUCCUCCUUUCUCCAAGGUAUUAAUGUUCAACACUUUGAUAAUCUCUGUGGCUGUGUUCCGAAACCCUCUCUUUGGUUAUAGAAAUCUGAACUGGGCAAGGUGUUAUAGUCUAUAUGCCUUAAUCAUUCACAGGAUAAAGGAAGAAUUACUUCGUAGUUCCUAUAUUGUUCAGUUCUAUUUAAGUUUGUUAGAAUAUGGAAUUAAUCUUCCAAAAUCUAAAGGGCUUGUAGAGACAAUUUCUGUCACAUGGUCAGAAGGGGUCCUUCCUUCUCCACUGUGGUCACUCAUCUCCCAGAAGCCUGACGGAUUCCCCAGAGACAGACACAUGAACAUGGUUAUGACAAGACAGCCCGUAAUCCACAUGGCUCUGAGGGCUGAGCAGGUGCUCACACCCACAGGACACUAUUCCCAUUCACUGUUGGGCUCAUUUUUAUAAAAUACUAAUUCAUUUACUUUUACCUAGUUGUUAUACUUUGACUCAUGGGAUUAUUCUCUCCAAUAUUUACACAUUUGAGUGUACUUAAAUUACACUGGCAGCAUUCAAAAAAUAGCCAAGUUUGUCUGUUUAUGGACUUCCUACACCUGAUUUAUUUUGUCUUCCUUUACAUUUUACUAUGAAAUUUGAAUGACUUUUUCAAGGUUUCAGUAGUUUCUCACAUGAGAUAGGCAGUGUGUGAAAAAUUGAUGUUCAUUCAUUCUGUCACAGGUAGGUUUUUGAGACAAGUCAUGGCCUUCACGUUACGUGACACUUAGUCUUUCUUCCUAAAUUAGAUUAGGUCUCUACCUUCUGGAGCCUAGACUCUUGAGCAUGUAAAUAAUAGUUUCCUAGUUUUUAAGUAAUAGUUUCCUAAAUAAUAGUUUCCUAGAUGACUGUAUGUUUACCUUCUUUAUUAAUGGGUUGUAAAGCAUGAAGCUAAAAACUGGGCGAUAUAUCAUUUCUUUUUUAUAUUGAGCAAUACACACCCCUCGUUACUUUCAGGUUGAUACACAUUUAUUGAUUUUUUUCAUCAACAUAAAUAUUAAACUCACAGAUCCGUAAGAUAGUCAUUUAUUUUUUUCUUAAAGCACUUAUCUACUCUGGCAAUACCUUUUUGUUAUGUUUUCCCAAAUUUUGUGCUCAGAGUGUCUCAAAUCAACCUCUACAUCAUUGACUUGGAUUAUUUCCACUCAUUGAGAUUCAGUUUAUCUGGGACUCUGAAGUGGGAUACAAUCAUUAGUUGAUUUAACUCAGUCUUAUUAAGGUCUGCAAUACUUCAACUUUGGU